ACUUAGCUUAUCUCUCUCUCUCUCUCUCUCUCUCUCUCACCGUCUCCUCUUCUUCCUCCUUACAACGUCUCCAAUGGAGAAUAAUUUUACAUCAUUUUUUCCCCUUUCAUCUUCUGCAGCAGCAACAACCACGUCACUAAACAUGGGCAGUUAUCAUGGUUUUACAGAUUAUUUUCAAGCUAAGGAGGAAAAUGGAUUCUCGGGUUUGAUCCAGGAGACUGAAGAUCAUCAUCAUCAUGCUGUGGUGGGUGGUUUAAAUGGUAACAAUACCAGCAAUAAUAAUAGCAAUUUGUCUUCUUCUCAGAAUAAAAGCUUUACUGAUGGGUCUGAAAAUGAAGAGAAAUUAUUAUUAGGGACGAAGAAGAAGGGUUCUGAGAAGAAGAUAAGAAAGCCAAGAUAUGCUUUUCAAACAAGGAGCCAAGUUGAUAUUCUUGAUGAUGGAUACAGAUGGAGAAAAUAUGGUCAGAAGGCUGUCAAGAACAAUAAAUUUCCGAGAAGCUAUUACCGGUGUACUCAUCAAGGUUGCAAUGUGAAAAAGCAAGUUCAAAGAUUGACAAGAGAUGAAGGAAUUGUUGUGACAACUUAUGAAGGAAUGCAUUCUCAUCCAAUUGAAAAGUCCACCGAUAACUUUGAGCAUAUCUUAAGCCAAAUGCAAAUCUACACUACUUCCUUUUAAUUAAACAAGUUCCCUCUCCUCUCCUAUACAAGAAUUAACAUUCAAUUUUAGUUUCUUGUACAUUGUUAUUUACUCGUGAGUGCACUUCCAAUAUAAAGUCCAAAAAAUAAAUAAUGCAAUACCUUAUUAUUUUACUAUCA